AUGAAUAUCGACGACGACGACCUCCCCGCGCUGCCCCGCCCUUUCCCCCGCCGCCCUGCCCCGCUAGCAUCCCGCUACCUCGACGAGAUCUACCCCAACCUCUGGCUCGGCAGUCUCCAAGCCGCCGAAUCUGCCGAGAUCCUCCAAACCUGCGGCAUCACCGACAUCAUCAGCAUCACCUCCCACCGCCCGCGCAUCCCCUCGAACCUCGGCAUCACCAAGACCCACUUCCGCCUGCGCGACAACACAGAGGCCGACCUCCUCAGCAUCCUCCCCGAAUGCAUCCGCAAGAUCGAGGAGGUCAUGUCCGCCGACACCACCCCAGGCGGGCGGGAGCGGAAGGUGCUGGUCCAUUGCCGGAUGGGCAUCAGUCGGAGCGGGGGAAUGGUGGUUGCCUACGCCAUGAAGCACGCCGGCAUCCCCGCGCGCCUCGCGCUCGAGUUCGUCCGCUCGCGGCGCCCGAUCGUGAAUCCGAACAAGGCGUUCAUGGCGCAGCUGACGGUGUGGGGCGAGUGUGGGUACGACACGGCGCUGCUGAUGCCGGACAUGGACAUGGCUGUGGCGGAGGAGGAGGAGGAGGUGGAGGAGGAGGCGGAGCCCGACGAGGAGGAGAUGCUGCAGAUGGCGCUGGAGAUGAGUCUGGCUGCAUCGGAGGGCCCGGGGCAGACGCUGGCCGCCGGCAGGCUGGUGGUGGUUAAUCCGGAUAGGGUGCCGGAGAUAGAGGCGGGUGCGGCGGGGGCUGUGGUUGGGACGGCGCGUGUGCUGGAUGUAGAGAUGACUGAGGCGGCUACUGACGUGACUACUUGUGUAGAGACUAACGAGACUAACAUAGAGACUAACGUGACCACCGACAUUCCCACUGACGCGACCGCUCCCCAUACCGAGCUAGACAUAGAGAUGACCCCCGCCCCCGACCCGGCGGCUAUAGAACCACGGACCCCCGAGCUCCUCGCGCAGUACGAAGUGCUCGAGCCGGCAUCAACCACACCGCCAGAUCUGCACCCUGAACAGCGCAUGCUGAGAGCGGCCGCCGCUGCCGCCGCUGAAGAGGAGUGGGUGGUGAUCACGAUGGAUGAUGUCAUGCGGCAGUGCUUCGAGGAGUGUGUGAGGCGUGUUGGCAGGGUAGAUAGAUAG